AAAAAAAAAAGAUCCUGUCUAACAGGUUUGUUACCUUGUUCUCUAAAUGGUACUAAAUAGGCCUAUGGAUGUGCGUUAUCUGGGAGUGAUGCUGUCACGAAAGUGCAAGUAUACUUGUUAUUGGAUAGUAAUAGGUGACUCAGAACCAUCAGUUUAACGUCAUCUCAAACAAUAACUUACUGAGAACUACAGGAGUGAGAAACAACAUCGAAUGAGCUAAAGUGUGCCAGCAUGUCUAAAUCCAGACUAAUGCCUUCGCCCGUAUGUUUGGUGGAGAAUGUGAACGGAUCACUCAGCGUUUGUAAGCAUGCCAUUGAGUUCCUGAGUAGGAUCAAUGAGCCGGUGGUGGUGGUGUCUGUGGUGGGACUCUACCGUACGGGGAAGUCUUACCUUAUGAACCGCCUGGCAGGACAACAGUCAGGCUUUGCUCUUGGCAGUGCUGUUGAAUCGAAAACCAAAGGCAUCUGGAUGUGGUGUGUCCCUCACCCCUAUAAAGACGGACACACUCUGGUGCUGCUGGACACAGAGGGACUUGGUGACGUGGACAAAGGAGACUCUAAGAAUGACGGCUGGAUCUUCUGUCUGGCUGUUCUGCUCAGCAGCACUCUGGUGUACAACAGCCGUGGCAUAAUCGAUAACACUGCGUUGGAGAAUCUGCACUACGUUACUGAGCUCAGUGAGCAGAUCAACAUCAGGUCACUAUUAUCUGUACCAGCAGGAGCAGCUGAAGGAGACGAUUGUCAUUUUGUGCGUUUUUUCCCAUCAUUCAUCUGGGUCGUGAGAGAUUUCACAUUGAAGUUAGAAGCUGAUGGAAAGAAAGUGACAGAAGAUGAGUACCUUGAGUUUGCCCUCGAUCUGAAGAAAGGUGUGAAUAAGAAAAUCAGUGACUACAACCUGCCUCGUCAAUGCAUCCGAAACUAUUUCCCAUCCCGGAACUGUUUUGUAUUCCCAUCUCCCGCCUCGACUGAAAACAUGAUACACUUGGAAAACUUAGAAGAACAGGAACUUGUACCAAAUUUUCUGGAGGUCACAGGUCGUUUCUGUGACCAUGUCUUUCAUAAGAGUUCUGUGAAAACUCUGAAAGGAGGACACAGAAUUACUGGCAAAUUGCUCGGGCGUCUGGUGCAGAUUUAUGUAGACACAAUCAGCAGUGGUGAAGUGCCCUGUCUGGACAAUGCAGUUUCUACUCUUGCAAUUUUAGAGAAUGAGGCAGCUGUUCAAAAAGCUUUAAAAGUAUAUCAGAAUGGGAUAGAAGAGGUGAAGAAUAUGUUCCCAGUAAGUGUGAUUGACAUUACCUCAGAGCACCAGAAGUUCAGCAAUCUGGCCAUCUCUGAAUUCAUGAAAUGCUCCCUUAAAGAUGAAAAAGGAGAAUACCUAAUAAAACUGAUGGAAGCAGUAGGUAAAUGCUUUGUAGGCCUACUGCAAGAUAAUGAAAAGGCAUCAGAGAGAAAGUGCAGAGAUCUGCUGAAGAAUCUGUACUCUGACAUGAAUAAACGGCUGCAGGAUGGAGAGUACAGUCAGUCUGGAGGAUAUGAACUCUACUGCAGAGACAGAGAUGCCAUUGUUGAACAGUACCGCAGAGAACCCAAUAAAGGUGUAUCGGCUGAGGCCAUGUUGAAUGAGUUUCUGAAAGACUGGGGACCUGAAUCAAAACGUAUCCUCUACAUUGAUACAAAACUCACCGAAAAUGACAGAAAGAUUCAAGCAGUGAAAAAGUACAUGAAGCUUGGUCUGGAAUACUUUUAG